UGGUUUACAAGCAGAUCACUGGUUGUUUGUGUUUAUUCAGGGCGGACCCUCUGUUUAGCAGGGACUACGGAUCUUGUUUUUAACAAUUUCCGCCCGUCUAAAAUAAAAAAUGGAAACAUGAAGAACUGAGCAGUACGACCGAAUUGCAGCUAAUAUUGUCCAGUGGGUCCACAGCUUUAGGACAAGGAUGAGGGAUCUUCAUGCGAUUGACAGCUUGCUCUUGAAAGAGUUGAAGUCAUGUUGUGCCAAGGAACACACAUUUCUUCCAAAGGAGACUGGCCUGAAGCUGAUGGAGUCGACCUCCACCGAGAAUCACGGUGGAGUCUCCGCGAAAUGCAGAGACACCAGAGUGGAAGAACUGUGGGGUCUGACCAGUUUCUUUGCUUACAGCACCCAAACCUUUGUCCAAGCUGUCAAUUUGCUUGACAGAUUCCUCACCAUCAUGAAGGUGCAGCCGAAGCACUUGCCCUGCAUUGGAGUCUGCUGCCUUCACAUUGCAGCUAAAAUGGUCGAGGAAGAGAGCAAUGUCUCACCCACUCAUGAACUCAUUCGCAUCAGCCAAAGCAAGUUCACUGUGUCAGACCUGUGUCGCAUGGAGAAGAUCAUCUCAGAGAAGCUGAGUGUAAAGCCUGAACCAGUGACCGCCUUAACCUUCCUCCGCCUCUACUACUCAGCCUUCACAUCCCUGUCUGCAGGAAGGGAGGAGAUCCCAAGCAUUGGGAGACUGGAAGCCCAGCUUAAAGCCUGCUUAUGUCGGCUUGUUUUCUCUAAAGCAAAACCAUCAGUGCUGGCGCUGUCCCUCAUUGCUCAGGAGUUUGAAGCCCUCCAGUCCACUGCCUUGUUAAAGAUUGUCCAGCAAUUCCAAAGACACCUAAAGAUCAGUGAGAGCGAGCUGUUCCACUGGAAGGAACUUGUGGCUAAGUGCAUGAGUAAAUACUGCUCAACUGAAUGUAACAAACCAGACAACAAAAAGCUUGUCUGGAUCGUGUCCAGGAGAACCGCACAGAAUCUUCAGGCCAAUCACUUCAGUGUUCCCGGCCUGCCAACCAUUCCUGAGGGGUGCUGGGACGAGAGUGAGAGUGAGGACUCCUGUGAGGACAUGAGCUGUGGAGAGGACAGUCCAUGGGGCUCACCAGGAAGUGACGGUGAAGGAUCCUUCUUCCCCUCUGCUUUUGUAAACAGCAGAAAGUGAUGAGUCAUUGUUGUUUAAAACCCUUUUGAAUGUGUGUUUUAUCCCCUGAACUGUUACAGAUUUAAGAUUGUUUCAUUGUUACAGUGCAAACAUUUGUGUUUCACUUUUUGUACUCUGUGCCAAGUGAACGUUUUAGAAGUGCCUGCGUUGAUUCCGUUUAUUAUUUCCUUCUUUAAAGAAAACAUAUCCUAGUGCAAAAUAGAUAAUUGCAAUAUCUUGGCAGCUUGAUGGCAAUGCAUCUGAAUGUCUCUUUCCCCAAAUGUUCUCUUUUUGUUAGUUUGUGUCUGAGCUUGGCACAUUCCAGGAAAAACAGCGAAGCACAAGCGAGAGAUAAUGGAUGUCAGUCAUGAGGUACUCUCAUUGAUGAAUACAGCUAACACACUAGCAUAUCCUCCAUCUUUUUUUAAUAGCAGAUUUUAUACUCAAAAUCAUUCAUAUUUACAGUGUUCUGCAAGUGUAUGUUAUGCACAAUACUAAUGUGACAAGGUAGUGAGAAAAUACCCGACUGUAUAUGCAUGGAUACGUUAAAAUAUGUGAUAAUGAAGGAAUGUUCAUGUUUACCAAGAUAAGCUUACUGUAAAAAAAAAAAUGAAAAAAAUGUACAUAACCUGUAAAAAAAAGCUUUGCGAAAGCUACAUUAUAUGUGUUGUAUUUGGAUAUAACGUGAAAUAUGUUGGAAGGAUCAGAAGAAGUCCUUUCAAAUAAAGACAAGUACCUUUUA